AUGGAACAGACGACGAGAUACAGGAAUGUCAUUCUGGACAUUGAAGGUACAUUAUGUCCAAUUUCUUUUGUAAAGGAUGAACUUUUCCCAUAUUUUCUGAAGGAAUUACCUUCUGUUCUUGACCAGUACAAAUUCCCAUUAGAUCCAACUAAGAAGUCAAACGAUGUGAUUGAAAGGAUAUUGACACAGUUCCCCUCAGAAACCUACCAACGGAAAGAGUCUCUUCUGAGAUACAUCAAUGAUUUGGUGGACAAGGAUAUCAAAGAUUCGACAUUGAAACAACUACAGGGCUUUAUAUGGGAAAACGGAUAUACAACAGGGUCCAUCAUGGCUCCAUUGUUUGAGGAUGCAGUCGAGGCCAUGAAGCUUUGGUCUGGACUUUGUGAUGGGCUGUAUAUAUAUAGUAGUGGAAGUGUGAAAGCUCAGAAACUUCUAUUUGGUAAUGUCAAAACGGUCCAUAGUAAUGGUUCUGUUGAGUGGUCCGAUAUGAACAAUCUAAUUACUGAUUAUUUCGACACGGUCAACAUAGGAAACAAGACAGAUGUCAAGAGCUACGAGAAAAUAUUGGAGAAGAUUGGUGUUGAUGUUAAUGAUACCGAGGGUAAAAAGUUAUGCUUGUUUUUGAGUGACAACCCUCUUGAGGUAAGAGCAGCACUAUCUGCCGGACUGACUAGUUUCAUAAUCGAAAAACCAGGAAACUAUCCCUUGUCGUCCGACGAUAGGGAUAUAUGUCCAGUGAUUACCAAUUUUCAAGCUCUGUUUGGAUGA